AUGGCAUCAUCUUUGCGUCGUUUCACUCUCGUCUUCUACGUCCCGCCCGCCAGCGCAGCAGCAUGUAAAGCCGCCAUCUUCAAAGCCGGCGCAGGCCGCUACCCGGGACCCGGCGGCUACACUGAGUGCGCGUGGCAGACAUCCGGUACUGGACAGUUCAGACCGGGCGAUGCGGCUAACCCGGCUAUCGGCAAGGUUGGGGAGUUGGAGGAGACGCCUGAGGUUAGAGUUGAAACGCUGAUCGUUGGGGAGGAUACUACCAGAAACGCUGUUGCUGCGCUUAAAGAGGCUCAUCCAUAUGAAGAGGUUCCUUAUCAGGUUUAUCGAGUUGAGGACUUUUGA